AUGGCCUUUCAGGAACUUCUAAAUCUAGUUGGAAGUCAUGGUAGAUUCCAGAUCCUUCAGAUGGCCUUUCUACUUAUCUGCAAUGUCAUUGUGGCACCUCAUUUAAUAUUGGAAAACUUCACGGCAGCUAACCUUGGUCAUCGCUGCUGGGUUCACAUUCUUGACAAUGACACUGACUCUAACAAUAACAGUGGAAACAUGAGCCAAGAUGAUCUCUUAAGGAUCUCCAUUCCUCUGGACUCCAACCUCAGACCAGAGAAGUGUCGUCGCUUUGUCCAAGCACAGUGGCAUCUUCUACAUUUUAAUGACACAUUCUUCAGAAUGACAGAACCAGAUACAGAGUCCUGUAUGGAUGGCUGGGUGUAUGAUCAAAGGAAUUUUAUCUCUACUGUGUCUGAGUGGGACCUAGUGUGUGGAUCUGAAGAACUGAAUUCGGUGGCUAAAUUUAUAUUCUUGAUUGGCAUGUUGAUAGGAAAUUUCUUAGGGGGACACUUAUCAGACAAGUUUGGGAGGAAGUUAAUUUUCAGACGUGCUUUGUUGCAAAUAGCCAUCACUGGGACCUGUACAGCUUUGGCUCCCACCUUCUUCAUCUACUGCUUACUUCGCUUCCUGACAGGGAUUUGUGUCAUACCCAUAAUUUCAAGUAGUAUUUUGCUCAUGUUAGAAUGGACAAGCCCUGAAUUCCAAGCCUUGGUGACCACACUGUUAUUGUUGGCCAUGAAGCUGGGGGUGCAAUAUGAUGCAACUCGCCUCUUUGUUUCUUUUAGAUUUGUACAAUUAUUACCUAUUACGGGCUUCAACAUCAACCUCCAACACCUGAAAAUCAAUGUCUUUUUAAUACAAGGCCUUAUUUCUGCAGUGUCAAUCCCAGUGACUGUUCUUGGAAUAUUUUUACUGAAUCGUGUUGGCCGUAGAAAAAGUCAACUAUUUCCAUGUUUCCUGUUUGGAAUCUUCAUUCUGAGCAUGGUGUCUGUGCCUCAAGAAAUGCAGGCCCUGCUUGUGGUUUUGAUAACACUGGCAGGAAUAAAUUCUGCUCUGAUUAGUAACAGUAGUGUUCUACAUUCAACUGAACUGAUGCCGACAGUGAUCAGGGCAACAGCAUUAGGAGUCAUUGGAAUUGCUGCUGGUUUGGGGUCAGCCCUGUCUCCCCUUAUUAUGAUCCUCAUGCUGUACUCUGCCUCCUUGCCCUGGAUCAUCUAUGGAAUCCUCUCCACUCUUGGUGGACUUCUUCCCUUUCUGCUUCCUGAAACCAAGAAUCAGUCUCUGCCUGACUCCAUCCAAGAUGUGGAAAAUGGGAGGAAAAGUUCAAGACAAGAAGGGGAGGAAGAGUUCAUCAUUAAAGUGACUCGGUUUUAA